AUGUACGAAGGGAUUGACAACCUGAAAUCCCUUUACGACCGUGCCGGGAAGACUUUCUCCGGCGGUCCUUCUGCGGCACAGGAUGUGUCGCGUCGUACUGCUCGACCAGACCCAGUACGUCAACCAUCAAUUGGGAGCGGGGCUCCCAAGAAUCCCAGGACGGGGGAUAGCCGCGCCACCGGACGAGGUAACUCGUCCGACGUCCGUUCACGUCGCGGUGGUUCAACAGCUGCUCUACUAGAUAGCGCUGGCCACCGCGAGAGUCCUCUAAUGGAGGUGGAGGAGGAGGAAAGACGCUCUCCACACGAUCAUGUGGAUCGGUGUGUUCCCGAGAGCUUCUUUGAUCGCGUAACGCAAGGGUUACGCGACGAUCUCGAGCAUGAGCGGAAUAGGCGUCUCCAGAUGGUGGACACUGCCUCGAAGCAUCGAGCUGAGUUUGCCUUUGCUCAGCUUGAGAACGAGAGAUCUCUGACAUCUCUUCGUGACGAGCUAAGGGUAGCUCGUGGGAUUGUUGAUCGGUCUCGGGCUGAGAUAACUGCUCUUCAGACCCUUGUUGAUGCCCACCAUCGGGAGCACAAGGCUCUCUGCGAGAUGCUUGAGCGCAAGGGCGUUCUUCAUCGGAAGAAACAGCGUACUGAUGGUACGGCUUAA